GUUGUCAUGAUGAUUGAAACGUGGUAUAGGGAUGAUGAUAAUUUUUCUGUUCUUCCAGGCUACACUCAUUUCUUUUUAAACCGCAGUCAUAGUCGCGGUGGUGGCGUUUCAUUACAAACUCGUGCCUCUGGUUUUGAAAUACUCAGUGAUUAUUCUAUUGUGACCCGAGAUUAUGAAAUACUUUGUGUUAAAAAAGGAAAUCACAUUUACUCUGUUCUAUAUCAUCCUCCAAAUGGUAAUGUUUUGAGUUUCAUGCAAUUUUUAGAAGCGUUGUUUUGUUUUGCUAAUCAAGAGAGGUGCCUCUUGUUUCUGGGUGGUGAUUUUAAUAUAAAUAUGCUUGAACAUUCUCAUCUUAAAGAUGAUUUUCUUGGUUUAUUGACUUCAAACAAUUUUUCCAAUGUAAUUAUCCCUCCAACACGCGUCACAUGCACCACAUCGACAUUGCUUGAUCUAUUUCUAACUAAUCAUGAUGAAAAUAAUAUUAGUGCUGGUGUGCUUAGUAGUGGGAUCGGCGAUCACCUUCCAAUAAUCAUGUUUAUCAAUAAGAGUAUGUCAGAUAGCGCAGUUUCAAACUUUUCAACAAUGUCUCAAGACAUAAGUUCUAGGACACUGGAAGAAUUUAGAAAAACAAUCAGCACUAUAGACUGGAGUCUCAUGUUUAAUUCUACAGAUGCUGAUGGGUGCUAA